AUGUCUGCACUAUCAUCCGAUAAUACAACAUCAUCAUCAGAUCAACAACUUGAUCAUCCUAACAACAAAAGUGAUGGCAGAUUAGUGAGACCUGAUCAACAACCUUUUAGUGUUGGUUUUUCCAAAGAACAUCCAUCAGAGCACAAAGCCUUCACUGGGUCCUCUGAUGAUCUUUUGGUUCCAUUCUGUAGGAGUGUUCAGGCUGUUUGUUAUCAUGAUUUGUAUGUUCAGGGAAAGGAAUAUGGCAUUGUAGAGCCUUGUCCGAAUGCUCCUCUCUUUGCAAAUUGUACCAUCUUGUUUGAAGCAAUGCACAACAAGGAGAAUGAAAAUUAUGAGCUCUACAGAAAAUUCGUUUCUUGGUGGACUGAUGCCAUUGCUAGGAUGAUCUUGACUGGUGGUAUUGAAGAUGGAAUCCAUUUCAAUUUGGCUGGUUAUUCGAAAGAGAGAAUUCAAGUAGUGAAGGAUAGAUACUUUUCAUUGAUGGAAAAUGAUGAGAAUGUUAAAUGGUUAGAAUAUGAAUUUGUUAAAAAUUACAAUACAUCUGGUAGAUAUAGACACGUUCCACACUUGAAGUUUAACACAAAAUGGACGGAGGAAGAAAAAGCAAUCAUGAAUUGCCCUAAUGAUUUAUAUCCUGGAUUUACGGAUUGGGAUUUGGGUGUUAUUUUACGAGAUGAUUUAUUAUUGAGCAAGUGCUCUUUCUAUUGUGUUAAUUCUGUUCAUGACUUGACCAAUUAUAAGAAACUCAGUAAGGAGGAAUUGAAAGAACAGUUUGGAAUUGAUAUUCAAUAA